AUGGAGUGGCGUGCGUCGCUGCCAAUGAUGCCGCCGCAGACGCCGCUGCGACUCGGGCUGCGCUUUCUCGGCAUGGCGCUGUCGACUCUGGUUCAGUACUGCCUCGGCCGCUACACGCCGCCCGUCGACGGCUGGUCGCUCCGCACCGCGCUCUCGGUGCAGUACCUCAACCUCAUCCUUGAGAACGAGCGCAUGGCGGCGCGGCGCAUGGCGGUGCUUUCGUCCAGGGUGGCCAACCUCGGCAUCCGAGAUAGCAUCGCUGACGUCUCUGGUCCUGGCUUUCAAGGCCUCUGGCUCGGCGACGCCCCAGAUGCCAGCAGCACCGACCCAAUCCUGCUCUACAUGCACGGUGGCGGCUACACCACCUGCGACGCACGGACGUACCUCUCUGGUCUCGCCGAGUUGCGCACGGCGCUGGCUACAACCCAUGGCAUCGAUCUGCGCGUGCUUGCGCUUGAGUACACGCUGGCACCCGAGGCGCGGUUUCCAACCCAGAUCCACGAAGCCCAAGCCGCGUACGAGUACCUUGUGACGACCUUUCCAUCGCGACAUGUUUUUUGUUUGGGGACUCGGCCGGCGGCAACCUUGCCUUGGCCCUUUUGCAAACGCUGCGUGCCCGAGUGGAUGGUAGCGACACCGCUUCGAUCGCCCACCGGCGCUGUGCUCGUGUCGCCGUGGUGCAACGCCGACGUCACCGCGCUGGCGCCGUCGUAUGCCAAGUACAAAGCCGUCGACGUCAUCCACGCCCACCACCUGCGCCUCCACGUGGAUGCGUACCUCCCGACGGACGCGCCGGCGGCACUGCUGCAGGAUCCGCUCGUGUCGCCGAUUCAUGGCGACUUUACCGGCAUGUGUCCGAUGCUACUGCAUUACGGCGGGAAGGAAGCGUUUAGCGACGACUGCAAGCGCCUCGAAGAGAUCUUGUGGCGCCAAAACGUGCUGCUCACGGUUCAAGUCGAGCCCCUCGCCCCCCACAUCACCCCUGUCUUGGGCUUCUUCUUCAACGAGAUGGCGGCGCGCGGCGUUGCGGCCAUCGCAGCCUUUAUUGCUGCCACCGCCUCGACGACGUAG